UCAUGUGGUUCGCUCUCUUCUUGUCCUCGGAGAUCUCCUGGUAACGCAUCUGAACAGCACGCAGCGCAAUCCUAACAAUUUGGUGACCCCGACGUGAUACUCUCAAUCAGGUAAGACAUGUUUGAUUGACUACCUGGUUGGAAGUAGUUCCGUAGUGCCCUAAGGAGGGCUUUGUUUUCCCUGGUUCGAGUCCAGGAAGAGCGCGCUAUAGAAAUUUGUGUAGCGCCCUAAGGAGGGCUUUGUUUUCCCUGGUUCGAGUCCAGGAAGAGCGCGCUAUAGAAAUUUAGAUAAAUAUCUGCUGUUUGUUUCUGUUCAGAUCCGUUUGCUUUACUGUACGAUGGGGGGCUCGUAUCCUAAACCUGAGGUCACAGACACCCCGGCGGAAUGGAUGAAUAAGUGUGGUUUAGGCUAUUACGUUACGCCGUGGCUGGACAAUUUGGCUGGGUGGACGGAGGCAAAUCCUCAGAUUCCAUCGUAUCCCGUGAUGGGACGUUUAAUCCAGGCUUCCUUGCUUCAGCGCACCGUAUGAUUUAUGAAAGCUUAGGCGAUCCGGAUUGGGACCGCCCUUAUAUGCGCGCAGGGUAUGAUAAAUGGUUUGACAUGAAGAAGGUAUGGGAUAAAUCAAAGGGUGUUUACACCCCGAGACCUGUUUUAAAGGCUAUUCCAAAACCAAAACUUUCUCAGUCAACCUCCCAUGUAAAAGCGAGGGAGGAAUAGUUACGUCCCACUCAUUCCUCAUCUCAUAUACAUGUCCAGUAAAUUUGUUAGCACAUGAUUUAAUGUGCAAAUUAGAAGUAAAUCUCACAUCCACUCUAGAUGGACUAACUAUUGAAGUAAGUGAAAUGUGCGGUGUGCAGUAUGGGUUUGGAAGCCCUCUGUAUGUGUAUGUCUGGCAGCUCUGUUCAGAUCAGCUCGCACACUUGAACACCUCAUCAGUUGACACAGAUCAUAUGAUGAGGAGCGUUUGCUCGAAAUAGUCGAUGUGUUGCAACCUAGAAAUGACGUCGCUAUGAAUAUAAAGGAAGAAAUAGCUCCGGCUCAGGAAGGUGGCCGUCCGCGUCAGCGCACCGUGUCGACAUUUUUUUUGGAGGGACACACCGAAUGCUUUGCAGCUCCUGCGUGAGCAGUUAACUAGGUAUUUACUGGCUAUGAAACAAGCGAACCGUGAUCUGUCGCAGGUUACUAACUGUAAACAGGAAAAGUCAGAAGUGACGUCGGCCUUUUGGAAACGUUUUGGUGAAGUUUGGCAGCACCUGGGUGGGUUAGAAUUGGACAUGACUCAACCCAAUCCAAUGUUCCUGUCCACCUUUUUAUCUAACUGCCGCCCUGAGGUUCAGAACGUUUUGAAACAUCACUUGAGCGAUAGGACUCAUUUGGUCCUUCGCCAGGCGGGUGAACGGUUGAGGACAAUGGAAAGUGAUGGGUUGUUAGAUUGUAAGACUAAUAAAGCAUGUUUAUCUGUGGCCCCACAGGGCCCCGGGUUGUAUCGUCAUAAUAAUGACAAAACACGCACCGGGCCUCGCACAUGGUCGGGUGGGAACCGGAAGAAAACAGGCAGGUGCCACUAUUGUGGAAAGGAGGGCCACUGGAUGAGGGAAUGCCAUGCGCGGCGGAGGGAUGAGCAGAGUAGGACGGGAGAAUUAGGGGAUGUGUUGCAAGGCCAGAAUCCCGGACCUAAGGGCUAUCGGCAGAAUAACGGACAGGACCAGCGCUAUCACGCCCCGCUAUAGGGCUGCCCCCAGGGUACGGAAUCCACAGCCGUUGCCAUGUUAAAUCUCUCUUUUAGCUCUCCUCGUAACGCAGAGCUCCCUCUUGUGCCUCUGUGUUUGGCAGGAAGGGAGUAUCCGUUUAUACUUGAUACUGGGGCCACUAUGUCCUCAGUAGGGAGGGAUUAUGAGGGUCCUUUAUCUACACGGUUUGUUAGCUCUGUGGGGAUAGAAGGGGUUCCUUUUGACUCUAGUUGUACACCACCCUUACCUGUCAUCUGCACUCUGGACCCUUCAUUGCGUUUUUCACACUCUUUCAUUUUUAUGCCAGAGUGCCCUUUUAAUCUUUUAGGUCGCGACCUCAUGAGUCUUCUCGGACUCUCGAUCUCCUUUAGCGGCUCACACAUGAUUGUUGAUACUCCGGACGGUGCUCCGCCUGAUGUUUUUGCCUUAUCCAGUUCUGUGCUGCCACAUAACAUUCUGAACGCUGCUUGUACGUCCCAAGCUCUUUCCCCUGUUCUCUCUGCUCUUCCUAACACCCUGUGGGCGGAUCAUAAGGACGAUGUGGGCUCUGUGAGCUGCUCUCCGUAUGAAGCUGUUAUUAAACACUCUACACCUGUUUAUGUUAAACAAUACCCUCUGUCUCCUAGUAAGCUCGAUGGUAUUGACAAUAUUCUACAAUCUCUUUUGCAGCAAGGUGUCGUGGUUCCUUGUGUCAGCCCGUAUAACACCCCAGUGAACCCGGUCCCAAAACCGGAUGGCACAUGGCGCCUCACUCAAGAUCUACGUAAAAUAAAUGAACUCAUCGUUCCCGUGGCUCCAGUGGUCCCUGACGUUCCUUCUCUUAUGUCUUCUAUUCCGUGUGACCAUGCUUAUUUCUCUGUGAUUGAUUUGUGCUCUGCCUUUUUCAGUGUUCCUGUGGGCCAUGAGACUCAGCCCCUGUUUGCUUUCACACACAGGGGAAGACAAUACACGUGGACGCGGUUGCCACAGGGUUUCAUUGACUCACCGGCGGUCUUCACUGCCGUAUUGCGGGACGCGCUGGCUGAUCUCUGUCUUCCCCGGGGCUCCACGGUGCUCCAGUACGCGGAUGAUCUCCUGGUAACGGCGGAGGAUCAAGACGCUUGUGCUGCCGCCACAUUGUCUCUCCUCACACUCCUGGCGCAGAAGGGUUUCAAGGUCUCCCGCACGAAGUUGCAGUUUUGCCUCACAACUGUUCGCUACUUGGGACAUGACCUCUCCCAGGGUUCCAGGAGGCUUAGCCCGGAACGCGUUCAAGUCAUUAUGGACACUCAGGCUGCGGAGCUCUAUGCUUUGACUCGCGCGUGUAUUUUGGCUCAAGACACAGACGUUACUAUUUACACCGACUCACGCUACGCUUUCAGCGUGGCGCACGACUUCGGCCGCAUUUGGGCGUCUCGGGGGUUUACGACAGCCGACGGUAAGCCCAUUUCUCAUUCUUCACUUGUUACUGAUUUAAUCACCGCCUGUCUCCUUCCGUGCACGUUGGCCAUUGUUAAGACACGCGCGCACACAAGAGGGGACUCAUUUGAAGUAAAGGGCAAUUCAUUCGCUGAUCGAGUCGCUAAAGCUGCAGCCGCAUCCGGUGUCCUGCCUCCAGGCUUUAAUUGCGCUUUAGUUUCUACUGAUCGCAUGGUUAGCGCUGUCUUACCUGACAUAGAUCUCAUUUCUAUCCAGGCCUCGGCCUCUGUGGCAGAUACGCAGUUCUGGGACGCCCAGGGCGCGACAGAGAAGAGUGGCGUUUUGCUUGACGCACAGGGCCGUCUUUGUUUACCUCGUCACUGUACUCCCUUUCUCGUCCGCGAGUUCCAUGGUCCCACUCAUCGCGGCCGAAGAGGGGUAGUGGAGGAUAUGAACAGAACAUUCUGCAUCAAUAAUUUGCACACAGACGCACACAACAUUCUGGACAAGUGUUUAACGUGCGCCCAGAAUAAUCUAUCUAAACCAGGCGCGGUACAUCAGCACCUUCCCAUACCCGACACGCCUUUCCAAGAAUGGCAGAUCGACUUCACUCACAUGCCAAAGCAGGGCCCGUUCAAAUACCUUUUGGUCAUGAUUGACAAAUUUUCACGGUGGAUUGAGGCUUUCCCGUGUAGCAAAGAGAACGCCCGAACAGCAGUGAACAAACUUGCACAGGAAAUUAUCCCACGUUACGGUCUUCCGGUAGGAAUUGACUCUGAUAAGGGAACGCCGUUCACCUCUAAGGUAACGCAGGAGCUAUGUAAAGACCUCAAGAUCAAUUGGCGUUUUCAUAUCCCAUACCAUCCACAGUCCUCUGGCAUUGUGGAGCGCGCGAAUAGAACAAUUAAGGGUAAGUUGCGUAAGGCUAUGCAAGACGCAGGCACGAAAAAUUGGGUCCAAGUUUUACCGUUGGUCCUCGCUGAUAUGCGCAUGACUGCUCAGGUCGCUCUCGAUAAUUUAUCUCCGUACGAGCUCGUCAUGGGACGCCCCUUUCCUGUCCCUUGGCGUAGAGGCAUGCAGGUUAUAGGAACGGGUGAUCUUGAAGUACAUCUCAGCGAGUACGCGGUGGGUCUCAUGCGGGUGCUGGAUGAGUAUUGGGCGAGAGUAAAUUCCAAAAAGCCUCCCAUUCCAGAGGCACACACUCACCCCUUUGAGGUAGGGGACAGAGUUUUAGUAAAGAGAUUCGCUAAACUAAACGCUCCCAUGGAGGAGUCACCCUACAGUGGGCCCACCGAUGUACUCGCUGUAACUCGCACGGCUGUACUAACGGACCUUUUUCCACAGUGGAUCCAUGCCAGCAGAAUAAAGAAGGCUCCAAUGUAAUAGAAAUCUAUAUUGUUGAUGCUUAACAGACUUUUGUGUUUCAGAAAGUUGCUGUGACAAUAGCUGACGGCCUUUUCAGGGAUCCCCUUCCAGCAUCUGGAGCAAUCCAGUUUCGGCUGAUCUACAAAGAGGGGAUGGUUGGUGAGUCUUGCAAAGUUCUGGGCUGAAGAGUCUGAAAAGCACGGGAGCCUGUGACAUUUUUCGCCGUCUGCACCCUGUGAGCAUUAGAGAACAAAGUCAGUGACCAGUAUGACUUUCUUCAUCAUCGUGCUGAUCUCAACGCUUGGGGCAGGGUUACCCGCACAAGCAAUACACCGGGACCCAAGGGAUAACGAGUUUUGGAAAUGUAUAAACUUCACUGUAAAAACAUCAAUGAAUAUGAGUAAACCUUGUUAUGUGUGUUCUUUGUUACCCCAUGACAGCAGCGAUCCUUUUCCGGUCCGAAUAGCCCCGUCUAACUACUCUGAGGUUAAUAUGACAUGGCUCAGCCUGUGGCCCUCGUAUACUCAAACUAAGGUUUUCCUGACAGACAAUACAGACCCAGAGGUAAGGUUGUCAAUACACUGGGGUGUGAAUAAUACUCUGGGCUUGCGUCAGAGUAUUAAAGAGGGGAUUGUAAGAAUAUAAUCCUGAAUACUCCUAAACCUACUCUUGUAAAUGCGUGGCCCAAGGGUGACUGUCGUGUAGUGUAGCAGUUU